GAGAGAGAGAUGGGAAGGUCACCAUGCUGCGAGAAAGCUCACAUGAACAAAGGAGCUUGGACUAAAGAUGAAGAUCAGCUUCUCGUUGAUUACAUCCGCAAACACGGCGAAGGUUGCUGGCGUUCUCUCCCUCGAGCCGCUGGAUUACAAAGAUGUGGUAAGAGUUGUAGGUUGAGAUGGAUGAAUUAUUUAAGACCAGAUCUCAAGAGAGGUAACUUCGUUGAGGAAGAAGACGAACUCAUCAUCAAACUCCAUAGCUUAUUCGGUAACAAAUGGUCGUUGAUUGCUGGGAGGUUACCAGGAAGAACAGACAACGAGAUCAAAAACUAUUGGAACACUCACAUCAAGAGGAAGCUUCUCAGCCGUGGGAUCGACCCUAACACCCACCGUCCCAUCAAAGGAUCGCCAACUCCUCCUUCAAAGCCAACGUUUCUAAAAAACGAGGAGCCGGUACAAUUCGGUUUAGCCGGACCGGAUCAACAACAGAAGGUUAAACCGGAACCGUUGGUGCUAGAUCGAGAAGAGGGUAGUAAUAAUAUAGAUAAUUGCACGAGCAGCGGAACGACGUCGGAGAAGGAUAUUCAGACGGGUGACGAUUGGGUACUCAAUUUGGAACUCUCUGUUGGUCCAAAUUGGUAUGAGACUACUCGAAAAGCGAAACCUGACUCGAGAGAAUCGACUAAACGGUGGAGUUUUGAGUUGUUAGGGGCUCAGACUGGGGUGUGUUUGUGUUGUCGGAUAGGGUUUCAUAACGAGUCGUGUCGGAAUUGUCGUACUUCCGAUGUUUUAACAACCACUUGGGAAUCGACAAUUCUUUAAGAAUCUUUUAAUUUGUAUUUUUUUUUUCUUUUACUUCUUGUAAUGAUGCAUUAAGUAAGAACAUAG